UCAACACCCAAGCUACCUCAUUAAUUUGCAUUUACCCUGCGAGUCGACGACAUAGUGUGAAGCCGUUUCGUGAUAGACUGAGCUUCAGCUAUCUUCGGCGGGCAUAUCUACAGCUUUAUUCAACUUCCACAUCGAAUAAUCUCUUGAUCGGGCAAACACUAGGCCGUCCUCGUAGGAGUCGAAGCUGAGCGCCAUGGCCGAAGAUCCAGCGGCGCCGACUCUCAACCUCACGCCCGAAGAGAAGCGAGUGUUCGGCCAACUAUUUCGACAGGCAGACACAGAGGGCCUUGGAGUUGUGACUGGAGAGGUUGCCGUCAAGUUCUUUGAGAAGACUAGACUUGAACCUCGUGUCUUGGGAGAGAUAUGGCAAAUCGCAGAUACAGAGAAUCGGGGCUUGCUCACGCCUGCAGGCUUUGGGAUUGUCCUGCGGUUGAUCGGACAUUAUCAAGCUGGGCGGGAACCUACCCCCGAGCUGGCCCUCCGUCCUGGUCCUCUUCCCAAGUUCGACACAAGUGCAGGAAUCAGCCCUACGGUUCAACCUCCUCCCGGUCCCCCGCCAAAUGCUCUGCAACCGCAACCAAGCGGAUCCGGACCCAUACGAGUUCCUGCUUUGACUCCAGACAAAGCGGGCCAAUAUGCGGCGCUAUUUGAGAAGUCAGGAGCGCAAGGGGGAGUGCUCCCGGGAGAGCAAGCAAAACAGAUAUUCGAACGUGCAGGGCUGCCAAAUGAAAUCCUGGGAAGGAUCUGGAACCUUGCGGAUACCGAACAACGCGGAGCUCUACAGGUGAACGAGUUCGUGAUAGCUAUGCACUUGCUAGCAUCUUUCAAAUCGGGGGCUCUCCGGGGUUUACCAAACGUUCUCCCCGCUGGUCUCUAUGAAGCAGCGGCUCGACGGCCUGGAAGUCGCCAGCCCUCAGGUGGUAUGCCAGCUAUUCCAAGGCAAUUCAGCGGUGCCGCCGGUGCUGGGCGUGCGGGUAGCCCUCUCGGCCGCUCAGCAUACACAGCUCCUCCGCAGUACCCUCAACCCACAGGUUUUGCCAGCGACUGGGCGAUUACUCCUGCGGACAAGGCUAAAUUUGAUGGAAUUUACAAUACUCUGGACAAGACCAACAGAGGGUUUAUUACAGGAGAUGAAGCUGUGCCAUUUUUCAGCGAAUCAAAACUUCCUGAAGAGGCUCUAGCACAGAUAUGGGAUCUUGCGGACAUUAAUUCAGCUGGUCGUUUAUCCAGGGAUGAAUUUGCAGUCGCUAUGUACCUUAUUCGACAACAGCGAGGCAAACGAGAUGGACGCGAAUCUCUACCAGCCACGCUCCCUCCUAAUCUAGUUCCACCAAGCAUGCGCAACCAAGUCAGACCUGCUCCUCUGACGACGGCACCAGCAUUCGAGAACCCUGCACCAACUUUACCCAAGUCGGCGGCUGAGGAUUUAUUUGGUCUUGACGCUCUAUCUUCGCCUCCUGCUCCAGCACAGGCACCUCAAUCAACAGGAGGCUCGAAUUCUUUUGCCAACCCAAUCGCCCCUAGCUCACCAAAUCACGGCUCUCCACCACCAUCCACCGUCUUCAAACCAUUCACCCCUUCUUCGUCAUUUGGGCAAACCUUAAGCCAUACUGUAACUGGAGGCUCUAACAACUCUGGUCUAUCUCACCAAAGAAGCUUCCAGCAGCAGCCAUCCGCUACGGAAGAUUUGCUGGGUGAUAAUGACCCAGAAAUUAGCAAGAAACUGACAGACGAAACUACCGAACUUGCGAAUCUGUCAAAUCAGGUUGGGAACUUAUCAAAACAGAUGCAGGAUGUCCAGGCACAGCGAGUUACGUCUCAAAAUGAACUUACCCAGGCAGGCUCCCAGAAACGUGAAUUUGAGACGCGGUUAGCUCAACUUCGUACUCUGUAUGAGCAGGAAGUGAAAGAUGUCAAAAGCUUGGAAGAACGACUUACGGCCUCUCGGAAUGAGACAAAGAAGCUCCAGACUGAAAUUGCUAUGAUUGAGGGGACAUAUCAGGACCUUCAAAAUCAGCACCGUCAAACUGCCGCUGCAUUGCAAGCAGACCAGCAGGAGAAUGAAUCUCUCAAGGAGCGAAUGCGAGCAGUUAAUGCUGAAAUCGCACAGUUGAAGCCUGCAUUAGAGAAGCUGAGGUCAGAUGCUCGUCAGCAGAAGGGCCUGGUUGCAAUUAACAAAAAGCAGCUAGCAACCAAUGAAAGCGAGAGGGAGAAAUUGAAGGCGGAGGCAGAAGAGCUCAAUAAGAGCAUCGAAGAAGACACAAAGACACUUGCAGCGGCAGCGGCAGCCAAAACUCCAAGCCCUCCCCCUGUCGCAAGCCCUGCACCUUCAACUAUGAGCGCGAACAACCCUUUCUUCCGCCGUCAAGGCAGCACUUCGGAAACUUCAACAUUUUCAGCCUCGCCCGCUGCAACUCAGCAGGACCGAUCAUUUGAUAACGUUUUUGGUCCCUCUUUUGGUGCUGCUGCCGCUUCUAAUGGAGGCCCCCCACCAACAACAUUCCGACAGGAUAGCGAAACUCGAUCCCCAACUGGUACAUUGACCUCAACUCUCCCAGUUCGUUCAGCAUCUGGUAGCGGGAGUGGCGUACCUUCACCAUCGGCCUCUCCAAGAACCACCAACCGAGAGAUUCCUCAAGCCUCUGACCCACCGCCUCCACCAGAAUCGAGGCAAAUAAGUUCAAGUUUCUUGCCUUUCCCUUCAGAACACGAUGAAUCUCUCAGUUCAUCUAGGCAAGUCUCCGCGCCUAAUAGUAGGUUUGGAGAAGGAUUUUCCAGUUCCGAUACCCCAACGAACUACACCGGCACAACACCCGCAGGUUCUUCUCCAGCAGGAGGUCAAUCCGACACCACUAGAGCAAUUUCUCCUGGAGUUGACCGCAAGUCAAAUGCCUCGCCCGCCGCUAAUGAGCCGGGAAGGGACCCGAUACCGGGGGCCUUCCCUGGAGAAGGUUCCGACAUUGUUGCGACACCUACUGGUGGUAGCACUCUAAGUGAACAGGCUGCAGCCGAUCCAUUCAGCAGAGAGCCAACACGUUCUGCAACCGCCAAAGAUGACUUCGAUGCUGCCUUCGCUGGGUUUGGAAACUCCAAGUCGCAAGAGCGCUCAAAUACUGGAAUUUCUUCUAAUGAAGGUUCGGUUGCCGCAGCAUCUUCGGGCCUGAACCAGGAAUUCCCACCCAUAGCAGAGUUGGAUCAUGAUGAUGACAGUGACAGUGCCAGUGAGCGUGGAGGGUUUGAUGAUGAUUUCGCGCCUCCAUCUCCAGAGCAUAGCAGAAAGGCUAGUUCUGGAAUGCAACCAGCGAGCACUAAUAGAGAUGGCGCGGGGGAUGUUCUUGGGCCAAGUCUAGCACAGACAUCGUCUGCUAGGAGCAUUGGUGCCAAUCCGCCUUCAGCCGGUGCUCAAGCGUCACCACCGUCGUACGACAAGGCCGUGACUCCGGGCGAACAGGCAUAUUCAGACGUGCAACAGUUUGCUGGUCUUCUCCCGAAGCGUGAAGAUCCUACACCGUCGUCACCUCCAGUGACCUCUACGGAGAACGCUUCUGGAAUAUCCCAGUCUAUAGGGGGACAGACUCAGUUUGGAGGUGCGCAAAUCACAUCGCAGCCAGUCCCUCCUGCAAAGGCGCCUGCCGAUGAUGAUUUUGAUGAUUUUGAUGAUCUAGAAGAUGCCAAAGAAGGAGACGCAGAUGAUGAUUUCGCGAACAUCUCCGUCGACAGAUCUGGUCUGGAUGAUUUCAAUCCAAUGUUCGACAGCCCUCCUCCUCCUCCGAAAGGCCCUGAACACUCCUCUCACGGCACCUCUGGCUUUGGGGUAGGCAGUGCCUUUGGAGACUUCACCCAAUCACCAACCCAAUCAGCGCAACAGACAGUUGCAAACACAAACACUGUUCAUGAAAACCAUGAUUGGGAUGCGAUUUUUGCGGGUCUUGAUGGACCUGCCCCAGCGGUCACCUCCCAACCUGAGCCUCCCAAGCCCGUAGGCAAUGGUACCGCUACCACUGGGACGGCGAAGGAGAGACCACAAAUUGGCAGGGCCCUCACAGAGUCUGGGGUCCAUGAUGACCCUAUCUUGAAAAAUUUGACCGGAAUGGGAUAUGCCAGGAAUGACGCCUUGGCUGCUCUGGAGAAGUAUGACUAUAACUUGGAAAGGGCUGCGAAUUACCUUGCCAGCCAGUCGUGAGCGGGGAGGAGAAGGGAGGUUUCGAGGGCGGUUAAUUUCGAGAUCGUGCAUAGUCCAAUGUCAGUCAAUAAUGUAUUUUAUGACAGCGUUCAGCCAGUAAAUGUUCACUCGUUUUUCUGCGUUGCCAGUUUCUCCGGGCGGUUUGAACUCGGUGCGUUAUGCUUUGAGAGAGGUUACAGUAACACUGUCGAAGUAAAAGCGGUGGCUUCUCAGUGAUCACCAACUACAACGUACAAGGUGCUAUGGAAAUGCGGAGGUCUUGAAUCCACAGCAUGCCGUCUCAGACACGCAUGCAAUCUAUGCUGUAUUCGUAGCUCCAUGAAUCUGCGGUUAGCCUAUUGAUCCCUGAAUUAAUAAGAGAG